AUGUCAUCGAAACUUCCAAAAUCGUAUCGGUCCUCGGUCAAAAUAAGGGCACCUUAUAGAAACCCUAUUCAUUCCGAUUCGAAGAAGGGUACAAAUCUCAUAGCUAAGAUUAAAGCUUUCUUUUCUAAACCUAAAGCUAGAAGUACAGAGAAAGGGGAUGGUCAUUCGAACUCAGAGCUGGAUUAUCCCUCUGUGCUAGAAUCUACAUCAAAAGCCAGCGAACCGCCUAAAAUUCCUGGUACAUUUUUUACUGAACCUUCAGAUUCCUUGAUCAUUUCAUCUCAGCUUUCUAAUCACAAGAGCAACAGUGCUGAUACUGAAGACCGAAAUCAAUCUAGUGAUGUUUCUGCCAACAUCAAUUACGAACUAGCUGAUUUUUUCAGAAGAAAGGGAGCCACACCUUUAAACUUUAUCGAAGCUCGAGGUGUUCUUUCUCUACUUGAGAAAUCUACCGGCUCAAUAAAACCCUCUGGGGAAUCUUCAUUUAUUACUAUCCCACCAGAAGAUGUGGAAACGGCUGAACUACCUUCAAUCUUGAAAGCUUCAAAUAAAAGCAGUACUCCGAACUUCGAACUACCUUCUUUUACGCCUACAUUAGAUACUUCAAAUGGUCACCAUGGAUCCACCGCUACGAGAUCACAUAGUUCGUCAAUGAGGAGAGUUUUCGAUUACUCUCGUAUUCCAAGUCCAUAUCGUACCACGAUCUAUAAAUAUAAUAAUCAAACAUCUGAAGGUUCCGAUAUUACAUUUGGAAGAAAGUCAGAACCUACCAAAAGUAGAUCAGUAACUAAGCCACGAAAAACUCCGAAACUAAGUAAUACUGCUUCAGCCUUAAUCUCUCUUUUAGAUACUGAAAACUCGGAAACUAAAGCGUUAUCUCAAAUUGCCAAUCCAUAUUCAUCAUCGAUCGUUGAACAUCGUAGACCGAAGAAAGAAUCUUCUACGAAGCUGGUAAUACCUGCAAAAACUGAAAUUGAGACAGUACCAGAGAAGGAAAACCGAAACUCUGAAAGCAUUUUCUUAUCACAAAAAGAAGAUAAAAACAUUUCCGAAACGAUUUCCAUACCAAAGAGAGGAAAUAAAAAUGUAAAGAACAAUCAAGUGGAGAAACCUGAAGCUGUAAGUUCUUCUAAUAGUUUGAACAUGUAUAAACCAGUAAGGUCCUCGUCACUACGUAGCUCAGUGGUGGUCGCUGACAAUGAAUCCCCCAAAAAGGAAACUGAAGGAGGUAACGUUAAGAUAUCCUCACCAAAUCCACCGAAGGCUGCAUUUACGUUUGAAUUUGGAGAACCUGAAAAAUCUAGUGAACCUGAAGAAACCAAAUCUGAACUGGCCAAGAAAUUUGCAAUUACUUCUCAGGGGAAUAAGACACAAGGGCCUGAGCCGCUCCUGUCGAAGGAUCACAAAGCAGAUGCUGAAAUUUUCAAGGAAACGAAUGAAAUUGAUAUCGUAGGAGUUCCUCAAGAUAACAAAGAAGCUAAGUCGGGUACAUUGGCGUCUGCGAAAGUAAAUGCUCCACACAAGGAUUUAUUUCCAACGCUUUCUGCCGCUGUAGAUACGAAAGAGGAAGAAAUGUUUGAUUUUGGGACGUUACCACCAUCCAGUACAGAUCAACAGGCAAUAGAUGAAGAAAAGGUGGAAGCUUAUAAAUCGGAAUUUGUUUUUUAG